AUGAACCAGAUCCAACGCCUGAUUCAAAAUUAUACGUACCGAAGAUAUACGUACGUUCCCAAUCAUCUACCAUCACAAGCCUCAACCCCCAAGCUGACAAAACACCCCCCAAAGACGACCUACGACCCCAACUGGCGCGACUUCAUUGGCACACAACUAAUCCAGAUCCUCUCUGAAUUCCCCUCCCUCCUCGCCCCCUCGCUCAUAACCUCCAUCGAAGACUCGCUCGAAGUCGCCGCCGUGGGCAGUAUGCGCCGCAACGGCACUUACCCCACAAUCGACGACAACCUAACAAUCGGCUACACGAAUCCAGCUAUGAUGCGCGCUCUCCUCUGCGAAUACAUCGGCACCCGGCGAUCCAACUCAACUUUCACGUCUUUCGCGGAAGACCAAGGAAAGAAGAUAUUGCAGUUGUUCCAACGAGAAGGCGCGGAGACGGUUAGCGAGUACAACGCGCCUACGUACUAUGGGAUCGAUGUCUGGGCCAUGGGUGCGCAGAUCAAGUACGGUGUUGGUAACUCCAGCAUGACGAAGGCGGCGAAGUAUAUCCUGCCGCGGAUGAUGGGUGAUCUGGCGGAUCACUACCAUGGGUAUCUGGGGAAUGUGGUAGGGCCGUAUGAUAGGGCGUAUACAAGGGAUAUCACGCAGCAUUCGUCUGUUUUGUCCUUGGUACUGUGGGGUCUUUGGGGCAGGGAGCGAACGAGCCAGCCGAAGAAGAUGGAGGGGGAUUUACUGUUUGAUGUUGCUCAAGGGGCGGCUAUUGCGCUUGUCCUGGGGGGUGUGGAGGAGCUUUUGCCAGCGGGUGUGGAAGAGGCGUUUACAACACGGGACUUCAUCGGUGAGCCAAAGUGGCUGAAUCGAACGGUCUGGGAUGAGCUGGAAGGAGGUGAACCGAGGAUUGCGUCCAGUUGGGUGAGCAAAGAGUUGAUGAUUGGCGGACAGCAGGUGGACGAAGAUGUGAACAGAGGGGAUCAGUUCGUUCCUGCUAUUGUUCAUUGGGCGGGUGAUAAGGAGCAUAAGCCUUAUCCGCUUAAUACCUUCUUCGCCCUCUACCCGUCUGCGUCCUCGAUCCACGCUGUCGCCUCGCCGAAUCAUCUCUCCGUUAGCUAUCCCAACCGGACGCAGGAGGGAAGCGAUAUCUUCACGUUUGCGCUGUCGAAUGUGCCGCCGAGUUGGACGCUGGGAACCGGAAGACGGAUUACGGGAUUUGAGGAUUUGCCGUGUGUGGAGAUUGAGGUUGAGGCGGAGGGCUUGGUGAAGCAGAAUGUGACAUAUGGUACGGCGCUGAGGAACCAUCUGUUCUACAACAUUUCGUAUGUGGUUCCGGAGGAUUUCGAGGGUGUGCCGAGGGUGGAGUUGGAUAUCAAGUAUACCUGCUAG